AUGAGAUCAGGCUCGUCUCGUCCUACAUUCAAAAAUCCCAUGAGAUCACGCUUACUAAACACCACCCUACCUGAUCAAGGCUUACCAAGCACAGUUGGAAGCGGGUCCUCUGCUCCCACUGCACCGAGCUACCAAAGCUUCACUCAGUCUACGUUUUCCAAAGAUAACUUCUGCAGCAGCGGUGGGAUUUCAAAAGACCUGGACUUUGUCAGAGGAGUCAUAGAAGAUGAUGAAGGCCGGAGAGCCUCAGGGCCAGCGCCGGUCCGUGCCUAA